UUGUACUUGAGCAGAUAUAUAUUAUGUCCAACAAGUCUAUGCUUCACAACGAAUACUCAAAAUCUUUGAUUCAUAAACUCAACAAAAGAUCUGCUGUUGUGAUUUAUGCACACUUCCAUGGAUAUCAUCCCAACUGAUUCUAGCUGGGGUUUUCAUGAUAAAAAUGUAGGUGUAACUCCAAAAUCCUACUUACUGCUGGGCCCCAAGAAUUCGAUGCAGCCCAGCCCAACCACCUCCCAGCUUAUCCUUCUCCCGGUCUCCCUCGGCUCCGCUCUGCCGCAGCCGCGGGAAAUGGUCGCGCUCCACCUCCACGCCAAGCAACCCACGCCUCGUCUCCUCCCCGUUCCACCGAGCCAUGCCCGUACCCGUACGCCCACGGCGGCGGCGGUCAACGUGAGCCACGCUGCGCCUCCGCCCGACGUCGUCCUCGACUGCAAACGGCUGGACGGGCUGAUGAAGUCCGGGAGGCUGGGGGACGCCCUGGACCUGUUCGAUCGGAUGCCUCGCAAGAACGUCGUCGCGUGGACCACGGCCAUCUCCGGGUGCACGCGGAACGGGCGCCCCGAGGCGGCUGCGACCAUGUUCGCGGACAUGCUGGAGUCCGGCGUCGCGCCCAACGACUUCGCGUGCAACGCGGCGCUGGCGGCGUGCGCGGCCGCUGGCGCGCUCGGCCUCGGCGAGCAGGUGCACUCGCUCGCCGUGCGGGCGGGCUUCGCGGCCGACGCCUGGAUCGGAAGCUGCCUCAUCGAGCUCUACUCGAGGUGCGGCUCCCUGCGGGCGGCCGAGGAGGUCUUUCGCCGGAUGGAGGCGCCGGACGUCGUGGGGUACACCUCGCUCGUCUCGGCGCUCUGCCGGAACGGAGAGCUCGCACGGGCUGUGGAUGUGCUCUGCCAGAUGACGAGGCAGGGGUUGCAGCCGAACGAGCACACGAUGACGAGCAUGCUGGCAGAGUGCCCUCGUGGAAUUGGUGAGCAGAUACAUGGAUAUAUGCUCAAGGUAAUGGGUUCGCAGAGCGUCUAUGCAUCCACUGCACUGAUCGACUUCUACUCGAGGUACGGUGACUUUGGCACGGCGAAAACGGUCUUUGAAAAUCUUGAGUCCAAGAACGUGGUGUCGUGGUGCUCCAUGAUGCAGCUGUGCAUUAGGGAUGGAAGGUUGGACGAUGCGCUGCGAGUGUUCAGUGAGAUGAUUUCAGAGGGCGUCCAGCCAAAUGAAUUUGCGUUCUCAAUCGCUCUUAGUGCCUGUGGGUCUGUUUGUCUGGGGCGUCAAAUUCACUGCUCAGCCAUCAAGCGUGACUUAAUGACUGACAUCCGAGUAUCUAAUGCUUUACUCUCUAUGUAUGGUAGGAGUGGUUUUGUUUCAGAACUCGAGGCUGUGCUUGGCAAGAUUGAAAAUCCUGAUCUUGUUAGCUGGACAGCUGCCAUUUCUGCGAACUUCCAGAAUGGUUUCAGUGAGAAGGCUGUAGCAUUGCUUCUUCAGAUGCAUUCAGAGGGUUUUACACCGAAUGACUAUGCCUUCUCUAGUGGUCUGAGUUCUUGUGCAGACCUGGCAUUGCUGCAUCAAGGAAGGCAGCUUCAUUGCCUGGCACUGAAACUGGGGUGUGACUUCAAAGUUUGUACUGGGAACGCACUAAUUAACAUGUAUUCCAAGUGUGGUAGAAUUGGAUCUGCAAGGCUUGCAUUUGACGUCAUGGAUACUCAUGAUGUCAUGUCUUGGAACUCAUUGAUUCACGGUCUCGCACAGCAUGGUGACGCAAACUUGGCACUGGAGACAUUCAGUGAGAUGUGCUCAAGCGAUUGGCGGCCAGACGAUUCAACAUUUCUGUCAGUCUUGGUAGGGUGCAAUCAUGCAGGUCUGGUAAAGGAAGGGGAGACCUUUUUCAGACAAAUGACUGACCGGUAUGGUCUCACACCGACCCCUUCUCACUACGCAUGCAUGAUCGACAUGCUGGGUCGAAAUGGCAGGUUCGCCGAGGCGCUACGCAUGAUCGAGAAUAUGCCAUUCGAGCCUGAUGUUUUGAUUUGGAAGACACUAUUAGCAUCAUGCAAGCUGCACAGGAAUCUUGACAUCGGGAAGCUCGCAGCAGAUAAGCUGAUGGAGCUUUCAGAAAGAGACUCCGCGAGCUACGUGCUCAUGUCAAACCUCUAUGCGAUGCAUGAAGAAUGGCGGGAUGCCGAGAGGGUGCGUCGGAGGAUGGAUGAAAUUGGGGUGAAGAAGGAUGCCGGUUGGAGCUGGAUUGAGGUCAAGAACGAGGUCAACACCUUUGUUGCAGGAGACAUGUCUCAUCCAGACUCCACAUCCAUCUAUCAGAUGCUUGCAGAGCUCCUUGUUGUGAUGCAAGAUACAGAUUUAGAUGUUCAUAUGCAGAUUUAGAUGUCCAAAAAGAGAACAUACCACUUGCAGACAUUACAUGUACAGGGUACAACAGCACAUAGCGCCUGAUUGGUUGCUCAUCUGGGUGGAGCCUGGUCCAAACCUGGAUGCAGGCUGAGACCAGCCUAUAUGUGUGGAUGCAAGUGCCAAGUUUGCUUGCAUGUUUGGUUGGAUGUACCAAAGCAGCCAUGAUUUAAUGGGCACAUGUUUGGUUAAACAACACCAAGUCGGCGAAUGUUUUUUACAAGAGGUUGAAGCGGCUCGAUUUGUUCACCAGAAAUUCAGAUUUUCGAGUGGAACGGAGGGAGUAACUGAUAGCAUCUAUUCUUGUCCAGGUUGCGGAGCGGGCGUUAUUUUUGUGGAAUAAUGACCAUAUCGAGAGUCUGAUCAAACAGAAUAGUAGGGUUAUACAUCUAAGUGGCUUUUCCUUGCCAUCUGGGAUGGCCUAUGGUGGUGCAACAACAGUCAAAAUCUUCUAUCAACGGCGUCGAAAAACCACUGCUGGAAAUAAUAUUGCUACAAUUAAUGAUGAUGAUAUUGCGGAGGCUCAUGCUUGGGAUUGGGCUUGGAUGUUGAUGUGACAGCGGUUACUCCGUCUGACCCCCCCUCGGACGUGGAAGGCGCUGCUGAUACUCCGUCUGAGACCAUCUCAAGAUUUCAGGGGCCAUUAUUAUUAGAGUACAAUGGAACAGCGAGGAGGGCUGACGCAGACUCAACUGUUCCACUCAGGCAUGAGGUGGUAGCCUUUGAUGACAGUUCCAGGCAGAAUUUUGGGGAUUCAUGUGACUCCUCAUUGGAUCCAUUAUCUUCUAUGGAAUCUAGAAGAAGAUCAUUCAUGGCUAAGAUAACAAUGGCACAUUCACAGCUCCUUGCUGCUCCUGUCCUCCCCAAGCGGUCAAGGGGUGCCACAAAACAUGGUACUGCGCUACGACGGAGCCGACGGGUUGCAGGGGCAGGGGUGGAAUUUAACAUGCAGGAUCUGGAGAACAGAGCCACAAAACAAGUAAUGCGGACUCUGAGAGUCAUCACAGAGAAUGCAAGCAUCAACCAGCAAGCUGUUAAGGAUUAUGAGAAUCUUUUUCAGCAUCCCUUAACUCAAAGUCAUGUUGAAGCGUUAGCGGCUCUCUUUGGAUGGGAGACUCCGGGGAAUCUCUUCCCGUAGUGUGUUUUUCUUUCUGGGUUGUAAUUUAUAAUUGUUGUAAUGGAUCCUAGCAAAAUUAUAUGUUGGAAUGUGAGAGGUUUAAAUUCAGCUGAUCGUCAAAAUUCAGUCCGGAAUCUAGUUCUGUCCUCUAAAGCUGAUGUGGUCUGUCUCCAGGAAACUAAAAUGACUGUCAUUUCUACAAGAACCAUUCUUGCAGCCUUGGGUUCGGAUUUCUGCCAGUUCUCCUUUCUACCAUCUUGUGGUGCUAGUGGUGGUGUGCUGGUUGCUUGGAAGCGACAUCUGGGAGUGACUGGGUUGUCUAGGAUUGACAGAUACAGCAUUUCAAUCCAAUUCUGCAAUGCGCAUAAUCGCUGUUGGUGGUUAACUUGUGUUUAUGGUCCUCAAAGUAACAGUGAUAAGAUGUUGUUUCUUCAAGAACUGAGAGACAUCAGGGCUGCUUGCACUGGACCCUGGUUGAUUGCUGGUGACUUCAAUCUCAUCUACAGGGCUUCAGAUAAAAAUAAUUCAAAUAUUAACAGAGCUAUGAUGGGGAGAUUUAGGAAGUUGGUUGAGGACUUGAGUCUCAAUGAGGUUCCACUUUUUGGGCGUAAAUACACGUGGUCAAAUCAGCAAGACAGUCCUGUUCUUGUUAAGCUUGACAGGGUCCUCUGUUCAGUGGAGUGGGAAGACAAUUUUCCAAAUGUCCUUCUUCAAAGUGCUGCCUCUGAAGGCUCCGACCAUUGCCCCUUGCUGCUUGGCAUUAGAGAUAAUAAAAUGGGUAAAAGACGUUUCUGUUUUGAAGCUUUUUGGCCCAAAUUGGAAGGAUUCCAGGAUGUCAUCCAGGAGGUUUGGGAUUCUGUGGCAGCUGUAAACUGCCCUUUCAUGACUCUGAAUUUGAAACUAAAAGCCACAGCUAGGAGGCUGCAAUCUUGGAGUGGGAAGCAUGUGGGACAUGUGAGGACUCAGUUGGCUUUGGCAAAGGAAAUUCUGCAUAGACUAGAAAUAGCGCAGGACUGCAGAGCUUUAUCCUUGGCUGAAAUCUGGUUAAGUAAUUUGCUGAAAAAGCACUCCCUGUUUUUAUCUUCACUUCAACGGACCAUUGCUAGAUCGAGAUCGAGGAUCUCUUGGCUUAAAGAGGGGAUGCUAAUACCAAACUCUUUCAUAUGCACUCUCGACAUCGAAAAAGGAGGAAUUUUGUUGCACAACUGGUGAAUGGAGACCAGAUUCUCACUAGUCAUGAUGAUAAAGCAGUUUUGGUGGACAAUUUCUACGCCCGACUUAUUGGUGAAUGUGGGGAUAGGGAGCAGACUAUUAAUCUGGAGGCGUUGUACAUGCCAACUUUCAAUCUUGCACACCUUGAUGAGCCUGUUACAGAGCUUGAACUUUGGAAUACAAUUAAGAGUUUACCUAAUGACAAAGCCCCAGGUCCCGAUGGUUUCACUGGGCGCUUCUAUAAAUCUUGUUGGAACAUUAUCAAGAUGGAUCUUAUGGCUGUAGUUGCGGCGGUUUGGAACAGGAAGUUUGACAAUUUUUGCUUGCUGAACUCGGCCUACAUUACUUUAAUCCCAAAGCAUGAUGGGGCUGUGCAUGUCAAAGACUUUAGGCCAAUCAGUUUGGUGCAUAGUGCUGCAAAGUUGAUCACAAAAUUAUUGGCCAAUCGGUUAAGUCAAAAGCUGAAUGAUAUGGUGUCUCCAAUCCAGAGUGCCUUCAUUAAGGGACGUUUCAUUCAGGAUAAUUUUAUGUUGGUCCAACAAACGGCUAGACUUUUCCAUCAACAGAAAAGGCCACGUCUUCUCCUCAAGGUUGAUAUUACUAAAGCUUUUGAUUCGGUUUCUUGGCCUUUCCUCAUCGAAGUUAUGAAGUAUCUUGGCUUUGGACAAAUUUGGAGAGACAUCAUUUGUGGGCUUCUUUCCUCCUCUAGCACUCAGGUGCUUUUGAAUGGCAUUCCAGGAGGACAUAUUGAAUAUAGAAGAGGUCUCCGACAAGGGGAUCCUCUCUCCCCCAUGCUCUUUAGUCUAGUUAUGGAUGUUCUUGGUCUAUUGUUUUCUAAAGCUGAACACGCUGGUCUGCUCUUGGAUCUUUCUCCCAGAAGACCUCUGCAUCGGGUCUCUAUGUAUGCAGAUGAUGUGGCACUCUUCUUACACCCUUCGGCAGCGGAUAUUGCUAUAACUCUAGAUAUUUUACAUCUAUUUGGGGAAGCUUCAGGUCUCCGCAACAACGAACAAAAGUCUAAUGUUUAUCCCAUUCAGUGUGGGGGUGUGGAGCUGGAAAUGGUUCAGGAUCUUCUCCCUUGUGGCAUCUCGACCUUUCCGUGUAAAUACCUGGGGCUGCCUCUGUCCCUGAAAAAUCUCACCAAGGAUCAGGUGCAGCCUAUUGUGGAUAGAAUUGCUGAUCAGCUGCCAGGCUGGAAAGCAGAUUUGAUGACAAGAGCAGGCCGUAAAGUGCAAGUUCAGCAUAUGCUUACCAGAAUGCUUAUUUAUCUUGUUAUGGCAGUAAAUAUUCCCUCUUGGGCUAUUAAGGCCAUUGAUAAAAUUAGAAGAAGUUUCCUUUGGAGAGGGCGCAAGGAGGCCAGAGGUGGUCACUGCCUGGUGGCCUUUGGCAGAGUCUGUAGACCCCUACAACUGGGCGGUCUUGGCAUUUCUAGUCUUAAAGAACUUAUCUGGGCCCUGCGCAUGAGAUGGCUUUGGCUCCAAAAGACUGAACCUAACCGACAUUGGUGCAGCCUUCCUAUCCAGGUUCCGGAUAAUGCAAGGGCUUUCUUCUCGAUGGUGUUGACUUCAAAGGUUGGUAAUGGGGCUAAUACUUUGUUCUGGACUGAUAAAUGGAUUCAUGGGCAGAAAAUUGCAGAUUUGGUUCCUAGAUUAUUUGAUAUCAUUCCGAAAAAAAUCACUAACAUAAGGACGGUUCAGGAAGCAUUGACAGAUAGAAGAUGGAUUGCUGAUAUCACAGGAUCACUCUCGGUGGGAGUAUUAUUGGAUUAUCUUCAUCUUUGGAAUUUAAUUUCAGAUUUUGAGCUGCUGCCAGAUAUAGAAGAUAAACAUACUUUUAGUAUUGCUGCAAAUGGGACUUAUUCUACUAAGGCUGCAUAUGAUGGGUUGUUCAUCGGGGCUGUGCAUUUCGGUCACUAUGAAAGAGUUUGGAAAACUUGGGCCCCCUCUAAAUGCCACUUCUUCCUCUGGUUAUCGGUGCUAAAUAAAUGCUGGACAGCAGAUAGGUUGGCAAAGAGAGGACUUGAUCAUCCGGAGAAGUGUCCGCUUUGUGACCAAGAGUCUGAAUCUUUGGAUCAUAUUUUGGUUUCUUGUGUUUUUGCGAGAGAAUUCUGGUUCCGGCUGAUGUGCAUUUUCAGACUACAAAAUCUGGCUCCUACACCUAGUACGGUGUCUUUUACGGGUUGGUGGGAGAUGAUAGACAUUGGCUCUGGAGAUAUGAUUAUGAAGGGUGUCAACUCCCUUAUUGUCUUGGGAGCCUGGAUUAUUUGGAAUCAUCGGAACCGAAUUGUCUUUGAUGGAAUCUCCCCUAGUGUUUCUGCAGCUCUUUGUCAGGCAAGGGAGGAACAACAGUUGUGGGAAAUGGCAGGAGCUAAGGGUCUCUCCUUUCUUGCCGCAACCAUCAGGGGC